CAAUCGUCUCAUUUCGCCCUCAUUAGUGAUGUUUCAAUAUUUGUUGCUUCUUUAAUCUUUGAUAAAAAUAAUCUCAGCAUUCUCCAAAAAAUUUAGAUAGAACUUAGAAGUACAGUUGGUUAACAUUGGAUGAUCAUCAGGGUCACUCAUAUUAUAAACUCCCAUAAAUGCAGUUUUUACUGAUUUUUACAAAACCGUAGAAACCCCAAAAAGUAGAAAAAUGAGUACUCCUUCUAAUAAUCUUGGAGUUUCCAGUAAAAGUUGAAAAGAAUUCUAAUGACGAAUCUCAAUCUUUGAAGAUACCAAGAACAUUGAAUUCAAGAAUGGCUCAAGAAGAUAACAAGUCAAAUGUUCCUUCAAUUCUUGGCCAACCACCAUGCUUACAAUUUGAAAGGUGGGGUACGUGUGCUUAUGGUGACAACUGUCGUUACACUCAUAUUGCUGGGUCUACAUAUGAGCAAAGAAAUGUUGGUAAAAUGGUACCGUGUAAAUUUUUCUCUAGUGGUAAGGGGUGUCCAUUUGGAAAUGCAUGUCAAUUUCUUCAUCAAGAAGUUGAGGAAAGAAGAGAGAGUUCUGUGAUAAGAAUUGUGACUAGUGGAAAUGAAGUGGAGAAUAAGAGUAAUUCUGGUACUACGGAACCAAAGAGGGUUGUGGAUGUACGUAGUAAAAAGUAUCUGAAGACCAAGUUAUGCACCAUGUGGGAAAAGAAUGGUAGCUGUUCAUAUGGUGCAAGAUGUCAAUUUGCUCAUGGGAUAUCAGAACUGCAGAGUCUCGAUUCCUCCAAUCCACAGGAAUCGCGGAGCACGGCUGGCAUUUCUGCUCCAGCCAAGAAUGUUACAUCCAACAAUAUAGGGUUCACUCCUCCGUCUGAGCCUCCUAGGUCUAUAUACAAGUGGGCUGACUUAAAGAAGAACAGCCAGAUCUACGGUGACUGGAUUGAGCCUUUCUCGUAAUCAUCAGACACUGUGGAGAACUAAAGAGCCUGAACUUUUUUGUACUGGCGCUUUGAUCAAUUUUUGAAAUGGUUAAUUGGGUGACUUUUUACAUAUGCAGGGGAGACAUUUUGGUAAUUCUGUAGUUUAAAAUGUUGUUUACUGAGUUUAUAGCAUUUCGGGUUUAGUUUGACGAGACCUGCCUUGUCAUGGUCCUGUGAAGUGAAUACAUAGUGUUACAACUCAGAAUAGGUUCAUAUAUGUUGAUACAAGUCAAAGUACAGUUUUUACAACAAUAGCUUAA